AUGUCGGUAGAUUUUGAGAAUGAUCCCGAGCUUUAUGGGCUGAGACGUAGUCGUCGGGCUCAUAUCCCACCAGAACCGUUUCAUAUUGACGAAGGGACCAAGCGCCGUGUCAAGUCAAGGUAUAUUGAAAGCAGUGGUUCGGAGAAUGAUGAUUCGGAUAGUGGAAGUAGUCGAAAACGAAGUCAGAAGAAAAAGGCCAAAGGAACACGUGGGCGACCUCCAUCUGCUGCCACAGUUGCAUCCCGAGCAGCAUACUAUGAGGAAGAUGAGGAUAUCGACGACGAUGAUGAGGAUGACGAUGACGACGACACUUUUGGAGGGUCGACGAAAAAGAAGCAUCAGCAUGGAUCCAGUAAACAUCGACGAAAGCGAGCCAAACUGCAGGCCUUUGCAGAAGAUAGUGACAGAUUCUCGUCAGCGGAGUUACGGUUUUCGACACGAAAUAACAAAACCGUUAACUAUAACAUCGACGACGAUGACGACGAUUUCGAAGAGCAGGUGACAUACCAGCCUCACGAAGUCGAAGACUAUGCUAUUGAAGAGAGUGUUGAAGCGGAACCAGUUGAUUCAAUCGACCAAGUCCUUGAUCACGCUCUUUUGGACGAGGCAGCCAACGACGAUGACCCCAAAAAGGGACUCAAAUACUAUGUAUGUCAACCACACACGCAUUUGGCGGGGGACUGUAUACGCCCGACUUGA